GCGCGAGCAGCAGGCUGUCAUCGGAGCAGCUAGGCGCCUGCUUCCAUAAAAACAAGUAGAAAAAUAUCGUUUAAGUCGUCGCCAAGUGCAAGUCAGACUAGCUCCCGUAGAAACAUGGACGAAGACGUGUUGACGACUCUGAAACUGUUGAUAAUUGGUGAAAGUGGAGUCGGGAAGUCCAGUCUCCUCCUGAGGUUCACAGACGAUACUUUUGAUCCAGAGCAGUCAGCCACAAUAGGUGUGGACUUCAAAGUGAAAACACUCGCAAUAGACGGAAACAAAGCAAAGCUCGCCAUAUGGGACACAGCUGGACAGGAAAGGUUUCGCACCCUGACACCCAGCUAUUACCGCGGUGCACAAGGAGUCAUACUUGUAUAUGACGUCACAAAGCGUGACACUUUUACAAAGCUUGAAAACUGGCUGAAUGAAUUAGAAACCUAUACCACACGUAACGACAUUGUAAAAAUGCUGGUCGGGAACAAAAUCGAUAAGGAAGACCACGAAGUGAACAGAAAUGAAGGCUUGAAGUUUGCUAGGAAACACUCUAUGCUCUUUAUUGAGGCCAGUGCAAAGACCAAAGAUGGCGUCCAGUGUGCCUUUGAGGAGCUCGUGGAGAAGAUCCUCCAGACUCCCGGGCUUUGGGAGAGUGAAAACCAGGGCCAGAGGGUCCGUCUGGGGGAGCAGGAGCAGGCCAGUGGCAGGGCAUGUGGAGGGUACUGUUCCAUACCCUGAACCUCGACAAAAUGUAAAAGCUCCAACCUGAUAGGAAAGACUACAGACCAGAACCAGAGAGCGAAGAGACAGAGAGGGAGAGCAGUGGAAGUGGAUGAGUACCUUUUUUUUUUUUUUUUAAAGAAAAAUUAAUUGUUGGAGUAGUUCUGUCGGUCAAACGAACUUUGCUGUUUGCACACUUCCUUUUCAACCAUCAACUGUCACAUGUCUCUGCUUUCUGUUUAAAACAUUAAUGAAAGGAUCAUGGAAGAAUAGCCUCUUCUCUAAGGAAGUAUGGUAUUUUAAAUUAACUUAACCUUGCCAAGUGUAUGUACUGUACGUCUGGUACAUGUCUGGUUUGAAUUUAUCUUAUUGGCAACAGUGAUUCUGUUGUACGUUAAGGCAUCAGGUUAAUAGUGUAGUGCCUAUGACAUGAACCAAUUUGUAGGUAACAGUACAUAGCUUGUCAAAUUUCAUUCAAAAUGAUUAAUUAUAAUCAAUAUUUAAGUCUCUUCAGUCAUUUACUUCCAGGAAAAUGCUUGUCCUGCUUAUGCUACGUGAGCUGUAAACAUCUAUAUGUAGCAGCAAAGUACAAAAUGUUUUACAUGUCACAUACUGUAUAUUUGCAAGCUUUAUUAAAUGCACACCACAUCACUUUAACUGAGGAUAGAGGUGGAGGAGACUUGUUAUGUGGACUGUGUUCGUCUCAAUGUAACAUCUCUCAUUUUGCACCAGAACACUGUGAAUGCUUCCAAUGAAGACAUCUCACAAUGAACCUUGGCAUUUACUGAUACCGGUUUAUUUUUACUGUUAGUUUAACUAUCAUUCAUUUAAUGGUUAUUUCCAUCAAAUUUUAUGCUUAAGAAUAUAUAGAUGCUUUCAGAUGAACUGAUUUCAUGGGGUUUUUUUUCCUCUUAAUGUGGGAAUAUGCAAAACAAGUAAUCGUCUUUGUCUUACAGGAUUUUCUGCAACCAAACCUGUUUUUGUCUUUGCAUGGCUGAUCUGGAUCAUGACCUCCAGAGCUAUAAGUGCGAGGUUUACAGUAUUGAGAGCUUAUUUUCCCUGUAUGCAUUUGGUCUCAAACUGGUCCAGUAAGCUUGUUUUCCUGAAUUAAUUUUGCAGUUUCUGUGUGUUGUUGUGGUCCACAUAAUGUCCCACUGACUUACUGAAGACAUUUCUCACACAUUAUAGGAUGAGAGCAUUCCUGAGAGCUUUGUUUCUUCCUGUCUUCAAGAUAUAUUUAAUGUAUUGUUGCUAUUCGGUGGAAUCGUAUUUUCUUGUUUAAAAUUCUGUUGAUUGACCCUUUCUCCUCCUUUUACCCCAUACUGUACUUUUCCCUGUUGCUUUUGCUGUGCAUCUGUUUGAAUCAUAUACAGCAAUAUGUUAAACUGAUAUCUGCCUUAACACUGAAUGACAUUUGCUAUAGUUAUGGUCAAAUAAUGUUUCUAUUGUUUCAGACUGAAAUAAAUGACAGCCCCAAGA